AUGGAUCAACUAGCUAACUCGGAUUUGGGCGAGGACUUUGACGACGAUAAUGAUUGGCAUCCACCUGGUCAGCUAACUAGUUCUAGCUCGGAUAACGAAGACGAGCAAGAAGCAAGAGAUUCAACAGUAGCAAGUCCAUCAUCGCCGAAUAAAUGGACUCGCAGACGAUUCGUCGGUAAACCCAUACCUGCACUGAUCUCGAAGCCGACGGAAGAAGUACUUACUCCAAGUGAAUACUUUGAUAGGUACUUUACUGAAGAAACUUACGAGUUAUUUGCUUUUAACACGAAUGUUUAUUAUCAGUCGAGUUUUAACAAACAACUUAAUCCUCCGGUUACUGCGACAUAA